CGCGCGAGUGUCGUGUUUUUGUUUUGGGCGACGAACAGCGUCGUCGUCGUCGUCGUCGUCGUCGUAAUCUCGCGUGUCGUCUUCGCCGUCGUCGUCGUCGUCCGGUGACCGGAUCGAAUGUUUGGGAAAUGAAAAAUACGUACGAGAAUGAAAUACCAAUAACAGAUAGCGAGCACAAAAAAAAAAAAAAUUAAAAUAACCCAAACGAAUAUUAAAAAAAAACAAAACUCGAAUAUAAAGGGACGUUCGCGAGCACGCGCGUAGAUACGGCGGACGGCGAGCAACGGACUGUUGCGAAAUAAUAAUAAUAUUAUAUUGUUCAUUGUUCAUGUAGUACUACCGGGACCGGUAGUACAAUAAUAAUAAUAAUAAUAAUAAUAACAAUAUUUUCAUUGAUACAACGCAGACACAUGAUAUUAUAUCGCAUAUAUAUAUACGGUAUUAUAAUAACCAACGAUAACACCGUAACAAAAUACCGUGUGUGCUUCGGAAACGCGGUGUGCGCGUAGUCCCGCGGUCGGCGGGCCCCGCGGGUGCGGUCGGCCCGCAAUAGGUAUAAUACAAUAAUAAUAUAUCGGUUUUCGACUUUUUUUUUUUUCUCCUCCGCUUUCUUUCUAUUUUUUUUUUUUUCUUCUACACUCUUUCGAUUUCCGCCGCACUAUUAUAUUACGCGUGACAUUGACCGCCGUCACUCGUCGCCGCCUCCUCCGUCCGUCGCACACGGACGAUCCGCAUUAUACUACCUGCCCGAGACCAUUACCGAGAUUGUUAUUACGCCGCGAAGAGGAACAGUACGGGAGGACGUAACGCAGUCACGGACGUAACAGAGUACUGGCCGCCGCUCGUCACUCGUCUGCCGCCGCCGCCGCCGCCGCCGCCACCGCCGCCACCACCACUCGCCACUACGACUGCGACGCGACGGAGACGACGACGCACGCGAUGCUCGUCCACGAUCGUUCGGGACGCAGCAGCACGGGGGCCGCGGCCGCAUCGCAAGCCUCCCGGACCGUUUCCGUCGUCGGCCGACGCGUUUCCGUCCGAUUAUCGCACCGACACUGAUUAUCGUUUAUUAGAAGUAUACGGUAAUAUUAUCGAAUACCCAAUAAUACUUGUCCGGUAGAAACUCGUAAGGAACGGAAAAAAAAAAAAAAAAAUUACUCGUCUCCACGGGCAAAACGAUUAUUGUAACGAGUAAUUCGUAGUCGUGGGGGGAGGAGGGGGUUCUACGUUAAUUUUGCCUCCCCGAUCGGUUUUCCAACGCGACUGGGAAAUUGGAAUAGAAGAAAACAACAGUAAUUUUAAUAGCGUGAAAAUAAUCGGAAAAAAAAAAUAUACCGAAAGAGUUAAUCGCGGGACUGUUUUCUUAUUUUGAAACGCACUAUGCGUGUGUACACGGAAUAUCUGUAUAAAUGCACAAUCGCACGCCGUGUGUGUAUACGCACUUACAUACACACACACACAUGCGCGCGCGCAAACACACACGUAAGUGUAUUAUUACGAGCGCGUGUGAAUGCGCGUGUGUGUAUACAUGUGUCCCCUACGUGCUCGCGACGCGUUUUUAUCACCAGUCUCUCUGUUGGUGCACAUGGAUAAUAAUGGGCCGGGGUCCAAAAUGGUCAAUAAACCUAAAUACGCCGCACGCAGCAUUAUUGUUAUGAUAAUAUUCACCACCGACGUUCGGGUACGACACUGACGGUCGUCCUAUCCCAAUACGACUGCCUACCUCUAACUCGUAGUCUCCGUGUUAGGUUCUGGCGGGCAUAGGUAAAAUACAAUAAAACAUUAUUAGUAAUCUAUAGCGCCGUGUAUUUUUUUCAUUUAUUUUUUUUCCCCUCCGGCGACGUUUUCGUAAAACUUUUUUUCCGUUUCCGAACAAAAGUCGCACUCCACUCGCAUACGCUCCAGCCGUUGUCUGACCGUAAGUUUUUUUUUUUUUUUUUCCCAUCGGUUUCAGUAGUCACGCGAUCAUGAUCUUGUCGGACGACUGCUGCUGAUCGCACGCACGACACCACCACCACCACCACCACGGCCACCAUGUCCUCUUCGAAAGGGAUCGACCCGAAGAAACGCAAACUGCUGACCAGCGAAGAAGCCCUUCUCGAAGCGAGUACCAAAAAGUUAGUACCUUCGUUUACCUACGAGGUAAACCCAAGUACCCACCUCGGGAUACACUGUUAUUAUUUUUUUUUUCCAUUGGUUCUAAAUACACACAUUCGUAUCAAAAUUUACUGUUUUUUGGUUGUGUACGUUUGUUAUUAGUGUUUAAAUGUACACUGUAUAUUAUAAUAUUUACCUAUCUAUAUUUUGUUCGCCUAUCUCAAAAUACCACCGUGCAGUUGAAAUUUAUGUUUACAAAGAAAACGAUACAUUUCAUUGAACCAUUAACCACAAUUAUUAUUUUUCUACCUGAAAUCAUUUAUUUUUAUUUAUAUAACAAAAUGUCCAGGAGUAUACUAUGUAAUUUGUCAUGAGUUAUGUUUAUUCGUGUAAUCACUAUUUCUUUGCACAGUAUAUACAUUGUAUUAUAAUAUGUGAAAACAUCUCUGCGAAUCUUAUUUUACUCGAUUUAAACAUUGUAUGUUCCUUAUUAAGACUUGUGUAUUACUUGUUAUAGAAUCAAGGUACAAGCCCAGAGAAAGUUUGCCCAAAAUGCUGUGACGCCCACCAGUACUCCACAAAAACUUGUUCAAACUCCUAUCGUACCCAAUAAUCCAAUAAAGCCACCAAUAAAACGACCAAAUACCGAGGAUUUCCUUACUUUUCUUUGUUUUAGAGGUAAUAUAAUUGUAAUUUGAAAAAAAUUCAACUAGUUGAAAAAUGCAUUUGUAUUAUUUUCUUCAGGCACAAGUUUAUUACCACCACGAUUAGAUUUCUUUAAUAAGCCUCAACGCUCUCUAUCGGCUCAAGAAAUUUCUGCUGGAAAAGUAUAUAUUAUUUUUAAACUUUUGCAUUAUAAUUAUCUGUACCUAGUGAAAUUAACUAAAUUCUGAUUGGAAUUUUAGAAAAGAAGAAAGAGCACCCCUAUACUGCCAGCGUCUAGUUCAAAUAAAAAUGUUAAUGAAUCUAAUGAAAGAAAAAACAUUAGACAGUUACCGCAAACUAAGUAUUCAUUGACAAAAUUAGGACAAAAAGGUAAGUACCAACAGCAAACAUAGUCAAUGGUAUUAUAGUAUCUAAUGUUUUUUAUAGUUAUAGGGCGAAAUUUGGUAAGAUGUAGUUCGAGGUACUCUUCUCGACAAGAAUCUCUUACCUUGCGCCAAAUAGCCCUUCACCAUGGUUCAAAGAUAAAAAAACCAAAACCAAAACCAAAAGUUAAAAAGUAUGAAAACUAAUAUUGUAAUAAAAUAAUAAAGUAAAAACAAAAUUAUUAAAUGGUUAAUUUUCCCAUUAAAUGAAUAUAUAAAUAAAUAAAUAAAUGAAUGCGUCGCCUGGAGUGUUAUAAAAUGUGUAUAGUAUGGCCAGUUUCGAAUUAAACAUUUAUUGUCAGGUAAAAUCACAGUCAAAUAGUAAAACGCGACUCACAAGAUGAAUUUUUACUUCAAAACCAGUUGUACAAUACACAUUUCAUAAUACUCCAGGCGAUAUAUUCAUUAUUUAUUUAUUUUUAUACUAAUAUUGUAUUGAUAAUGAUUCAUUUAUACCAAACUUUAUGCACUUUUUUUUUAACUUUUAGAGUUCCAGUUGUAGAAAAUGUCAAAAAAGAAUUAAAGAAAAGUGGUAAACAAGUAUCGUUAGAUGGUAAGCAAAUACAAAAGCUGAAAGGUCGUAUAACAAGAUCAAACUCUGUACCAAGUAUCUUUUAUCCUGCAAUAAAUCAACUUCGAGGUAAAAUGGUUUAAAGAUUUUUUGCUGUUUUAAGUUUGUGUGUAAUGAUAAAAAACAUUUCAGAUGAUAAAGGUAAAUGGAUCAAGGGAAAUGUUAAACCCCCCUCUUCAAAAUCAUCAGAAGAUUUUAAGGAUUCCAAAGAUGUUGAAGAAGAGAGACCAUCGAGAAAAAAGACUGUAUCAAAGAAUUUAGAUUAUAGUAUCAACAAUUCCGGUAAUUUGAAACGAAAGACAAGUGAAAAUAAAUGUAAAGUAGUGAAUAAAAAUGAAAGAAAAACUAGAAGUUUAGUGACUAAACAUAAGAGUGAUGACCAAGACAAUUAUGUUGUUCCUGAUAAGAACUUGAGGAAUGUAUUGAAGAUAAAUAAAGCAAAUAGCUUAAUUGAAACUAAAUGUUCAUCUGAUGUAAAAAGAAGAACUGCUUCAGUUGACAACAUGAAAACAAUUCGUGCUGGUAAAGAUUCAAUCAGGUAUGGACAUAUAAUUAAUAUAGUAUUAUAAAAUGUAAUAUAAUUACAUUUUUUAAUAAUUAAAUAAGAAAUGUAUUAUAUAAUUAUUAUAUUUAAUACAAAUUAAUGUUAUGAAUUCAGUUCAACUCGCUCAAGACCUCCUAGAAGAACGAAAGAAGCUGCUACUUUAUUUAUGGAAAUGUUACGAAAAGAUAUGCGGUGCCCUGAUGAACAAGAAGAAGAUGAAACAUCAUCUGUAGAAAGUUUCCCUGAUCUUCCCAAUACACGCAUAAAUGGUAAGUGAUAAUAAUAAGUAAAUUGAAUAUGACUUCUAAAUAAUAUGGCAGUCAAUAAUUAAUUUUAAAUAAGUAAAACACAAUUUAACUGAUUAUGUUUUUCAUUAUUUUAUUAUAGUUGUAAAUAAUUUAUAAUAUGAUAUGAAAUUAGUAAAUAUAAAAUACUAAAUUUUCAUCUUCCACUAAAUAUUCAAAUAUUUUAUGAAGAAAAAUGUGUGAAAGUUAUAAAAUAAGUCAAUGAGUUUUUCUAGUAUUAUUGCUGAUACAAAUUCAAUUAAUUAAUCUUGUAUCUAUAUUAGAAUAUGUUGAUAAAAGUGCAUUUUGUGAUGUUUUCCAUUUGGAUGGAUGGAUAGAUAGAAUGGAUUUUCCAUUUCACUCAUUUGUAAACAAAGUUCUAAAAUAUAAAUGUUAUUAUUCCUAUCAUUUUAAUUGAUUUCUACAUAAUAAUUGUAUUUUACAAUCUGAGAACUUUUCAAGAUCACCAAUAUAGAUUACUUUAUUGCAUAAAUUCUUUAACAACAUCAGUUGGAAGAUUUUUUCUUUUUUUAAUAAAAUAAUUAUUUUCUAGUAUUUUUUUAUUAUAAAAAUAUAAAAUAUAUAAUUAUUAUGAUACUAUCACAGUACACAUGUUCUUUGUGAAUCUUAUCUCGGUAUCAUACUACUUAUAUUUCUUUUCAAUCGUAUAAACCUGAAUUUGAUUAUUGUAAACCAUGAAUAAUUGGUACAUUAACACUUCAAACACAAUUUAUAAAAUAAAUCUGAAAAAUUAAUUAGUAGGUAUAAAUUGUUUUAGAAUUAUUAUUAUAGAAAUACACCUAAUAUAUACUUUUAAUAGAUGAAUGAUACCUAUAAUUGAUCUAUGAUUAAACUGGACAUAUGCCACAAAUUGAUUGAUAUAUUAAUAAUUUUAAUAACAUUUUAAUUCUUGAAUGAAUUAAUUAUUUACAGAUUAACCAGUUAUUUCAAUAGUAAUACAUCUAACCUUAAAUCAUCUACUUUUUAUUUCUUGAGUUUUCAAUUGUCAGUAGUGGAGGAUCACUCUGGAAGGAUCUGUAUAAACAUUACUGCUCCACUGUUGCAAUUAUUUAUGAAUUCCAAAAUUAAUACAAAUGUAUACAGGAAUGCAUGGGUUAAUCAUCCAAUACAUUCCCUUAAUAAAUUAUACAUAAAUAGAUGAAAUAUUAAGUUAUGUGUUAUGUGAAUAUUAAAUGUGUGAUUAUAUAAGUUAUAGGUACUAUACAUAUUAUAGUGUUCAACAUGUUUAGUUUGAUUGUUACAAUUUAACCAUAAAUCAAUCUACAACUUGAAAGUAAUUGCUAUUAAUUGAACAAGGACAAUUGUGCCUAGUUAUUAAAACAAAAAUAACUAUGAAUACAAGUUCACAAAGUCAUAAUUAAUAUUAGUUAUCAGAUUAAAUAACCGUAAAUUCAAAUUUGUAAAAAAUAGGUUAUAGCAUAACCAGCAAUAUAUCCAGAUGUUACAUUCUAAACUAUUAAUUAACUAAGUAAUUUAGUUUCGUCCCUGUAUUUAAAAACAUUUAACAUCUUUGAUUAGUGAAAAACUGUAUGAUUAAUUAAUGAUAGAGAAAUAUUGUUUUUCAUUAUUCGAAAUAUGAAUAAUUUAUCAUAUAAUAUAGUUUCUAGAAAGUAAGAAAAAAAAAAUGGGUUCUAAUUAUGGUUAAUAACAACUUGUAUAGUAGUUGAAAUAAAAUUAAAGAACUUGAAAAGUUGAUAAUUUUAAACUGAUAGUAGUUUCACAGGUAUGUAUUUGAAUUUAAAUACAAUAUAUUUUUUAGAACAACGGGAACGUGAGUUGAAAGGAUUUUCUAAGAAACACUCAAUUCAUAAUGUACAGCAAGCCAAACAAAGUUUAUUUGAAAAUAACGAUGAUCAAUGUUCGCUAAUAAUGGCUGAAAACAAAAAGACUGUAGUUGAUAAAAAGACAGUUAAAGAGAAAAAAAAAGUCAAAACGAAAACUUCAGCAUCUAAAAUGCCAAAAGAAGUGACUGAGACAAUUGCCAUUAAUGAUGACGGGGGAACAUCUUCGUUCAAAAGGAAUUUGAGACCUCGCCGCUCUUCUACAAUGCUAGAUGAUUAUAUUAUUAUGACUGAUUCGGAAGAGGAUUUUGAGAAACCUGAACCUGUAACGGUACCGAAGAAAUGGGAAUCCUCUAAACCGAUUCCGAAGACAACAACAACGGCGGAGGACCCCAAAUCUCAAAAAAUUAAAUUUAGUACUGAAGAAUCUGCUAAAAAAAAUCUUAAAAUUAAUAAGACUGACUUGAAACCGAAAAAAGAUUUAAGUAAAAUAGAUUCUGAAGUGAUUAAAAAGAGUCUUUCUGAAACUAAGUCAAAAAAUACUUUAGUAAAACGCCACAAAGAGCUUGUAAUCAAGAAUAAUAAAAACACUGCUGCCGACAAGAAAAUUGAGAAAUCGUCAAAAAAUAAGACUGAAUCCCCAAUAGUUGUUAAUGUAGAACCGAAAACUACCGGCGAAAGUUCGAAAAACUCCGGAAAAAAAGUGCCACUAUCAAAUAAGCAGCAGCAAUUGGCAAGGAAGGAGAACGCCUCGAACAAGAAAAAAUCCACAUUAGAUUUGUACAACAACAAUAACUAUAAUAAUACCAAAAAGUCGUCUACUGUACCGUCGUCAGUGACCACUUCGUCUUCCAUGUUUAACAGUACUACUAGUCAAACAAAAGAAGAGCUUUUGGAACGCAUGGCCAAAAAUUUCGAAGUGAAGCCUACCGUUUGCAGAUUGCAGGACGACGGGAAAGCGACAAAAAAACCAACGACGAUUACGUCGACGAAAGUGGAAAACAACUCCGCCGUGGUGGAAAAAAAAAUUGAAAACGGCAAAACGAUGAAGAAGUCGUCGUACAGCGCCGUCACGGUGGACAGAAAAAUAAAGAACAGCGCUGUAAUCGCGGGAGAAAAAAAGGCGCAGAACGCCGCCAGUAGUAUGAUGGUGUCCGGUGGCACGGACUCAGCGUUGGAAAAUCAACAGGAUGUCAACAAUGAGGCCAAAGGAAAAAUGGCAGCCAGUGACACGCAUCCCGUAAAACUAGAAUUGAAAGUCUCGAAAACGGAGAACGUGCAGACGAAAGAGGAAAACGUGCAGGCGAUAGAGGAAAAGGUGCAAGCGAAAGAGGAAAAGGUGCAAGCGAAAGAGGAAAAGGUGCAAGCGAAAGAGGAAAACGUGCAAGCGAAAGAGGAAAACAUGCUGCUGGCUGGUACGGGAAAAAUGGAAAACCUCGCCGUGGUCGUCAAGGUUGAUAAAGCUGAAUCUACGUUGAUGCCGUAUUGCGACACGGUGCAAAAAUUGGAAAACGUGGUGUUCCAGUCACUGACCAAAGACUUGUUUUUGCAGGACAAUCAUAAAGAUAUCAAGAUCGCCAUGCCCGAGUAUCUGUCGGGAAAUAACUUCCAACUGUCCAACCGGUUCAAACAGGACGACGGCCUGUCGGUAUUGUCCGAAAUUUGCAGUGCCCUGCCCAGGUUCAACGAACCGUUCGUGUCUAACAGGCAACAUUUAUUUAACAACAAAUUACCGGUUUUAUCUGCCGACAGUGAUUUCGUUAAGCACGCGAACCUGCAGCACACGCCCACUCUGGUACCUGUGCCGUUGGCCGUCGGAGUGUUGGACCCGAAGAAAACAGAAAAGCCGUCGGUGUUCCCGCCGUCAACGCUGCCGCCGCCUCCUCCUCCGCAGCAGUUGCCGCCGCCACAACCGCCGUCGUUCGAAAGUCGGACAGUAAAAAUCGUCAACUUGGCGCGCGGUAACAACAGCGCCGUUGCCGGUACCUGUAACGACAAAAAGGACGUAGGCGCGUCGUGGAAACAGUCGAUCAAAGACGUCAAAUUACAGAAAAACGGGCUGUUGUCCGGUGCUGCCGCCACCAUCGUCGCCGCGGCAGGCAGCAACUCGUUAGCCUGGGGUGCCAAGAGGAAACAACCGUCGAACGACGAUCAAACGGUGCCACCGAAAACACCCGCCGAUAUCGUUGUAGACGAUACAAAGAAUAAUAAAACGGCAACCGCCGGGGCGGGUGAACGAAACUCUGGGAAACAGCCGGCUGUGUGGGUGAACGGCGUCACGGAAAAGAAAUCAUCGGUGAAUUCGUGCCAAAAGACUUGCUGCGGCGAAUCGAAACCCACCGAAAUGUUUGACAGUGUCAAAAAGACGCCGGUGGUCAACAGUAACUCGUCAUAUUUGGCCAAGACGACCAUACUGAACAGUACGAAAUACGAUUUGAAAUUCGAAAAACGUUCCACGGCGACGGUGGCGGUACCGAUAGCGGCGACGACGACGACGGCUACUCCCGUCAGCGUAGAGAAACAUCACCGCAAAGACGUGGUCGGCGACGUGUCGUCUUCCGACGACCAGAGUCCCGAAAAGAAAAUCUUCAAUCAGCGACGGCUGUCCACCAAUCAGUCGUGUAGCGGAAACAGUUCCGACGCUUUUUCGCCCGACAACGAGACGAGUGUUUACGCUUUCCAACCAGACUUGCCAGUGGCCAGCACGCCAUUUCGCCGAAACAAACCCCAUUCGCCCGCCAAGUCCAGGACGGUCUCGCCCAACACGUCUAUCGCCGUAAAUAUUAUUUUAUUUGUAUUUUUCUACGAAAUACGCACCAUAAUAAAACUUAAAAUGUUUUGUAAUUUUCGAAUGCAACAAUCUGUUUUCUUUGUAAUGCAGGUGAACUUCGAAAACGAUUCGACGGAGGAAAAAUCUCACCAGUCCGCCGUAUCGUCGACGACGGACGUCGACAGUGAAGACGGACGAUUAUUCUACAUUCCUUUGCCGGCCGGCGUUCAGGCCCAACCGUUGAUCCAGGGCGUAACAGUCAAACUGGGCACGGAGGGGCCACAAAAUAAAUUGGUGAUGAGCGCCAAGCUGGUGACCAAACCCCCAGCGUCCACCAUACCCAUCAGGUGUGUACCCUUUUUUAAUAAUUUAUUUUUAAAUAAUCCGGCAUAGUAUUAAUAUUUUUUCUGUCCACAGUUCCAUAUCGCCGAAAACUGAUCGAAAAAUCAAGCCGUUGUGCUCGACCAAAAUCACUAACAGCACCACUCCUGUCGGAACUGUGCAACCAACUACCCGAUCUGUUCAGCCCCCCAAAUGUAGUCCCUCGACUUCGAAAGAAAUGUUACCAUUACAGUCACCGUCACAACCACAAUUACAGGACGAAAAAGAUGAAAAGAAACGGUUACAAAAAACUACCACGACUAAUACUACUGCCACUACUACUAGUACUGUUAAGGAAUUUAAAAAAUCGUCGAUAUCAUCAUCGUCCCCAGCCUCUACUGCCAAUAAUAAAAAAUCGAAAAAGUAAGUCCAUUUCUUUAUUACGAAAUAUCAUAUUAAAUAUUAUUGUUUACGAAUAUUAUUUUAUGCAAUUUUAGGACUGAAAAACACAUAGUUAACAAUAAGAGAAAGUCCAGUGAGAAAGUAGCUUCGAAAAAAAAGUUACUGAGAGAAGAAACCGCUGAAAUGGUUGAAGCACCUACAUUUUAUCCGUCUGAAGAAGAUUUUAAAGAUCCCUUGGAAUAUUUUGAAAUCAUCAAGCCAGUUGCCCAAAAGUAUGGUAUAUGUCGAGUCGUGCCGCCACCUAGUUUUAAGGUUUGUGUUUAGAUAUUUCAAAUUUGAAAAUUGUGUUACUUACAGUCAAUAUUGAUUUGAGAAUAAGAUGUGCUUACCUAAAUUUUGAACGAAAUUUCCUCUCUGUACAGCCGGAGUGCAAAGUCAGUGACGAUAUGCGGUUCACGGCAUACAACCAGUAUGUACAUAAGAUGAUGAACCGUUGGGGUCCAAACGUCCGCGAAAUGAUGGCCAUGAAAAAGUACCUGAAAACGCAAUCGAUAAUGCUGUCUAAUCCACCGCUAAUUGGUGGCAUGGAAUUGGAUCUGCCAAGACUUUACCACACGGUCCAAGAACUCGGUGGCCUCAAGGAAGUAAUCGAGUUGGAUAAGUGGUCUCGCGUGGCCGAUCUGAUGAAAAUACCAAAAAGUGCCCAGGAUCGUGUCACUAAACUAGACGAUAUAUACUGUAAAUAUCUGUUACCGUAUGACACGCUUUCACACGGUAAGUACACGCGUAGUUUCAUGAUUGCAGUCGUAUGAUUUAGGCAGUAAGUACUGUAAAGUAUACCAAGUUUUUUUAUUUUUGUGCGACCAGAGGAACGCCAAAAGUUAAUCACUGAAGUAGACAAAGAGUGGAAACAGAUUUGCAAGAAAGGUGGUGAUACAGAAGACGAAUUGUACGAUGACGUCAAUGAUUGCAUAACAAAGGUAAACAUUACAAAUGUGUAUUCAAUUAAAAUCCUUUUAAAAAUCGUAAUCAAUAAAAAAGAUUGAUUAACGUGGUUUACCUUUUUUUUUUAUUUUCAUCUGUAACCGAGAGGUAACUCCGAAUCAACAAAUCAAUUUUGUUCUCAUAUCUAGGUAAAUACUUGAAAUUUCGUGUAAGCUAUCUUUUAAAGAUUCAAUUUUGGAAAUCCGAUUUCGGGAUGUACACAGAUCCGUUUAUUUGAAUCUGUAUAAAGAUGUUCAGACCUCUGCGGGCGAAAGAUUCGGAUGUGCAUAGCACAUAAAUACGCGGACACGCCUUUUAUUGUUUUAUAAUUUGGGUUUUUUAGAACAUAAAAGAACAAAAGAUUCUAAAAUAUACUGCCCUUAUUUUUUAUCACCCUUAUUUUUGUCGGUGAAACCGUUACCUUUUUAGAUUCUGAGCUGAGAUAGGAAUAGUUUUACAAUGAUGUUUAGUUGUAUUUUAUUUUUCUGUGAACAAAUUUUCUACCAGAAAUUUAAUUGAGGUAGUAUCUACUUUAGGAAAAUCAUUUUUUGUUUUUUCCAAGGGUUUUCAUAAUAAAUAGGAAAAAAACGUAGGAAAAACCAGAAAAUUUACGAAAUGUAUUAUUUUCAAAUCGUAGGUAUUUAUUACGGCUUUUUAAAACAUGUAUAGCCGAACUCUAUUCAGAAUCGUUUUUCCAUUGGUAAAGAUUAAUCGUUGCGCACAGAUAUACAUUAAAUUUCUAUCUAUAUCCUACCAUCCCAACUUCUCACCCAUAACAGUCACCCACCCAUCGUGCGAAGUUUGUCCGUGUAUUUUUUUUAUUUUUUCAAAUUAUAAAAUAGCGAAACGUCCGAUAAAUAGAUGCAGUUUCGGUGUUGCAAUUUUUAAAUUCCGUCAACCCAUUGACGAGAUAUUCUACUUUUACGUUUGCUGUUAUGCGGGUAGGGGAGAGUAGUGGUGGAAUACUAUUCAAACGCUUUGCAUCACAUCGCCACACAAAUGAUGUCCUGCCACCCUCCUAUCCAAACUUGAACGCGAAAUAUCUUGUCCGAUGAUCUUGUUGAUGAAAAUUAAAAAUGUCAACAGCAAAAAAUUUAUCGAAACUAUUACAUCAUCUAUUUAUAGAAUUUUUAAUAAAAAUUAAAAUCAAAAGCGCGUAGUGAUUUCACCGUAUCAAUAACGGCAAUGUAAUAUUUUCGAGCUUCUUGAUUUUUGUAUUUUCUUAAUAACGAACGCAGAAAAAAGUUAAUACUUUCAGAGACAUAACGAUAAUAUCUUGAAUUACGUUGAUUUAUCCGUAUAAACCGUAUAAAAAAAAAAGAUUAUAUUAUAAUAAUUCUACACAUUGUUGUGUCCCGCCGUUUUGACGGCUUUUUUUUUAGCGCAGUUAAUAUUGGAAUUUUUUUUUUUUUUUGUUUACAAUCGGUUUGUUAUCGAGGGGGACAUCGAUUUGGAGAAAAAUUGAAUUUUUAUUUUCAUACCUAAACACACAUAAAAAAAAAAUAAUAACUUUAUUUAUUCAACUUCAGAAAAUUUUCAAAAUAGCCGUUUUGUAAAAAAAAAUUAAUUUAUCACGCAUUCAUAUCCGAUGAACAAUUUCACAGUUAAGCGAAUAAAAUAAUACGUUAUGCUAUAAGGGACCACAAUCAGCACGGUAAUUCUUUACCUUCUAUUGAAUAUUGAUCGUUUCCGCGCCUAUUUUCUAGAAAUUAAAACGGCUACGAUCAAGAAAUUGUUUAUCGGAUAUGAAUGUAUGAUACAUUUUGCUGUUUUAAAGACAAACAGAUUGUUAAAAAAAAAAAAAAAUGACCGAGACAAAUUUAAUAUUAAUAGCGCUAGAAAAACCCGCCGAACACUGUACACUCGCACCGGGAAACACUGUAUACUCGUGUAUAGUAAUUUCCGUUUUUUUUCGAUAAUUUUUAAAACCGUGAACUCAUUGCCGGCCGUACAUAUUAGACGUUACGUAUUAGAACUUUGGGCGUGUUAUCGAAAAUAAUAACCGAUUCCAUAUUAAACUCUCGCCGAAUUUUUUCGUACACUCGAUUUUUUUUUUUUUUUUUCUGUCUGCAUAAAGGGUCGGAGCAUCGCGUUGAGCGCGUAUUACCGCGUGGCCCGCAACACCGUUGCCAUGUGGUUCAGGGAACAACAGCAACAGCCCGCGCAAGGCGGCGGCGGCGGCGGAAAUUCGUCCAUCACCAACAACAGCAAGCUGGCCGCGGCCGCGGUCCGCGCCGAAGACGUGGAGACGUCCUACUGGAAACACGUGCAGGACAAAAAGAACCACAUAUGCGUGCUGUCCGGGUCGAUUGACUCGGGGACCGAAGGUUACGGGUUCCCGACCGCCAAGACGGCCACGUUCACCAAACACCCGUGGAACCUAAAGGUGCUGACCAACAACCCGGUGUCCGUGCUCAAGUCGCUGGGCCCGGUGAUGGGCAUGACCGUGCCCACCAUACACAUGGGCAUGGUGUUCUCGGCGUGCUGCUGGUACAAGGACCCGCACGGGCUCCCGUGGAUCGAGUACCUGCACACGGGAGCCGACAAAGUGUGGUACGGCGUGCCGUGCGCGCGCAGCGACCAGUUCCGGACGGCCAUGAAGCGACUGUUGCCCAGGGCCGUGGCCGAGGGCGAGAACCACCACACCUGGCUGGCCGCGGACAGCGGCAUGGUACCGCCCGGCCGGCUGCUCGAGCACGGCGUCCCGCUCACGCGGACCGUCCAGAACCCCGGCCAGUUCCUGAUCGUCAUGCCGCGCGCCUACACGUGUAACGUGUCCACCGGCUACGUCAUCUCCGAGAGCGUUUAUUUCACGCAGUCCGGGUGGCUGAACGACGCCGAAAGGAUUUUCCAGGUAACCGCGUCCGUUUCGCACGUCUCCACAGUUUGACGCCGUCAAAUUCGACCGGGGGCUAGGCGGUCCAGUUUGCCCCGGGGGGNGGGGGGGGGGGGGGUGUGUUAAUAUCUCUAGCGGGAUUUUAAUGGGCAGCGUGACAUAAUCGGGCGGGGGGGUGGGAGGAGGUUCAAUUUUUUCACGGUCGCGCCGACACCAUUAUUAUAGUUUCUGUUUUAUAUCGUACGUACUUGUGUUUUGAUUGUUCAUUAUCGACGAUAUACUCGGAUUUCCGUUCGUUUCUAUUGACUACUGGAGUAUAUUUUUCUGAAAGAAAAACACAAAAUUUUUCGAUCAGAAUACACAGUUUUAGAAUUUCGAACGGAAAUAAUGUUUCAUCCGACUUCCCGGAAAUAGAUGAGAAUAAUCGUGUCUACUAUUUGUACAUGGUAAGAAACUUGUUAUCUCGAAAGUAUUCAUUUUUUUUUUUUUAGAAAUUGUCUAAGAACUUGGCCGCUGUUUUACUACAUUGCCCGUGUUGCAUUUUUGGCGGUGAAACGUUACUUACUUUUGAUUUUCAAAAAGCAGCUUAUUUUUUACAAAAAAAAAACCUUACAAAAUCUUGUGUCUUACAAACACAAGAUAUAGUAAAAACAUGUUAACGCAGACUAGUUCAGUUGUGGGUUUUCUAGAGUAAAAGCGCCUAACAUGAAAUCAAUAGAGAACCAUAUUCCGGAGGGUAAGACUGCGUUUUUUUUUUUUUAAAUAGUUAUUUUUCUUUUAAAGGUUUAGCUAAUUGAAAAAACGUCGAAUAAGUCGUUAUUUAUAAACGGUAAUCUGGCAGUUAUAUUCGGAGAAAAUGGAAAAACGCGACCACUUGCCCCUCGGAAUAUCGUUCUCUUUUAAAUAAUGCACCGCUACUCUCUCUCGACACAAAAUUAAAAUGUGGAAUAUCUCGUCGACGGAUUGCCGGAAAUCAAAAAUUGUAACGCCAAAAUUUAUUUUAACAAAUACUCCGUAUAUUCGUGGAACAUUCAAUAUAGGUUGCCAUUAGAAAAUCAAAAGUAGACAGUAGUUUCAGCCCCCCCCCCCCCAAAAAAAAUGAAGGACAAUAUUCUGUUUAAGAACUAUUUUUCAAAAAAAUUUUUAAAAAAGUUUCCGAUAUAAUGAGCGAAUCACCCUGUAUAUAUAAUCUGUUAUAAAGUGGCUGAUAUCACGCCUUCCCCGUAGUCUAACUUCCGAGCCGCAUGAUUUAAAAUUCGGAAAUAAUUCAAGAAAGUAACGUUAAAACAUUUCCAACGAAAAUUAUUCCGCACUAAAUAUGUUGAAGUAUAUUCUACGGAACCCAAAAUUGAUGGGGUGUAUUUCGACGAGGUUCCGGAGGAUUUAUUCAAACAGUGACUAUGUGGUUUCUCACCCUCCGCCCCCCCUCCUCAUCAGCCGUUUUCACGAAAUAGAUCGAUAUUUGAACGCAGUGGCUGUGAUACAUAAAAAGCCGCGUGGGUGGAUCGCGGGCGUUCAGAAAUGCAACGAAAAUGAUUAUGUUUUUACACAGCGAGUCGUCAAAUGAAUUUUAGUAUGCGGAAAUACGUAUGUGAUAGUGCCGGGGGUAUUUUUGGGUCGGAGUGGAUAAUUUUUUACGCCGGUGAUUCAAGAUAAACAUAUACUUCGAGCCGCCAUUGUUUGAACUAGCAAAAUACGGUCAUAUUAUUAUGACGAUAUACCGAAUUGCGUUUAACGUUUUUUAACGGAAUUUUUUUCCCCGUUGUUUUUUUUUUUAUUUUAGGAAUUGCAGAGAAACUGCGAACCGGCUGCGUUUUCGUUCGAAAAGUUACUGAUAAACAUGUCUACCGAUUCUCGUACACCGCACAAAGUACUCAAACAGGCAAGUGUUCAAUAUACUAUUGAAUUAUUAAAUUUAAAUAAUAAUUGCUUAUACGAUGGUGCCCGUUUUCCCCGUUUAACGGUUAUCAUAAACGGGACAGUAGAUCAGUAGUCUUAUCGUUUAGAGGACGUGUCACCACCCAAAUUUCGACUGUAAAAACCGUUUUGCGCGAACGAAAACCACUCGAGGUUAUAGACCUUGUUACUAUGAAACUAAAUUUUCAUCAUAGAAAAAAAAAAAAAAAAAUGAAAACUCGCACAGUCGCGUUGUGCGACUCUCGAUACCACAAAAAAAAAAAAAAAUAAAAAAAAAAUCAUUACGUUUUUAAAAAACUGAUAAUUUUAAGUGCAUCGAAUUUAAUAGCUAUUUUCGUAGCGCGUUUACAUCGAAAAACUGUCACUAACGUUGCACAGUGCAAGUUUUCUUCUUUUAUUUAUUUAUUUUUUUUUUCUGAUAAUGACACUGGGUAACAAAUGUAUUUGAAAGCGAAUGGAAAUAUUGUCGCGUUGAUAAAAUCGUAUUUUUCCCGAAAAUAUCGAGAAAAUCCGCCUAUACGGGAAACCGUUAAAAUACGGGAGAUAUUACGUCCUCUCUUAAAGUGAUAAUUAUUCUAAAAAAAAAUGUUUUUAAAUGCUUUUACGAAAUCUCGGAACACCGGUACCGUCCGGGGGUCCCUUGACGAUUCACGUCGGGAUUUCGCGCAAAAUAUUGUGGGUGAAUGUGAACGCCCUAGGCAUUUCCGGUGUUGGCGAAUUUGUGUUAUUUAUUGUCGACCGGUCGGCGUGUAGGCGUGUAAAACGUUUCCGCGGUAACAAGAGAUUGCGAGGGGAUAACGUGAAAAAAACAAAGGGGGAAAAAACGGUUUUCCACGAUAAACAAGUAGGUUGAACGGUUUUUUUUUUUUCGACGUGUCUAAUACAAUUUGCGGAUUUAUCGUUUCGAGACCGCGUUUAGGGGGGAGGGGAGGAGGAUGGGGCUUUAGGGCAGACCGCAUUACGCUGAAGCCGGCGAAUAAUUAUUCCUGCGAGAUUUAUUGAAAAUCGUUUUUAAUCCAAUUUUACCGGACGCGUUGGGGAGAAUGGGGAACGGCCGAGGGUGUUUAUAUUUCGCACACUGUAUAAUAAAAUACGCAUUUUAAGAAAACUCGCAGUUUGUUUUUUUAAAAAAAUUUUAAUGUUAUUUCAAUUCCGUUACGUACAAAUAGUUACUGAAUAUAUUGAGCAACACGAGAGACUGCGAAGUGGCGCUCAGGAGUCAGCUGGUCGAGGAUUUGGGUCUGAAAUCGUCCGAACGUAUUCGAGUGCCGAUAUCCAAGUCCAGCGAACAGAUCGACGAUUAUGAGUGUGACGUGUGCCAUUCAAUCCUUUACAUAUCAAUGGUAACGUAUAUCAUUACUGCUUUUUAGUACAUGUUUUAGAUUCCGAGUGGAAUGUAUUUUAGUUUACAAUGAUUUUUUUUUCUGUGAACAAAUUUUCUACCAGACAUUUGUCUCCGCUUUUCAAAUGUAGCACUUUUUCUGAAAUUAAAUUUUAUCAAUUUGGUACUUUAAGGAGCACAUUUUUUGAUGAUUUUCAUAAUAAAUGGGAAAAUGUACGAAAUUUAUUAUUUUCAAAAUAUAAAUAUUACGGCCUUUCAAAACAUAUAUAUAUAUAUAAUCGAACUCCGUUCGUUAGCAAUGACUCAUUGUUGCUUACAGAUNAAACAUAUAUAUAUAUAAUCGAACUCCGUUCAGAAUCGUUUUUCGUUAGCAAUGACUCAUUGUUGCUUACAGAUAUACAUUACAUUUCCCAUUUAUCUUGCCAACUUCUAAUCUACAACAGUGGCCCACCCAUCAUGCGAAGUAUGUCAGUUUGUUUUUUUUUUAUUUAAAACGACAAACAAUGACGUGAUUUCAAGAUUAUUUUCAACUGUUUAAAAUAAUAAUAUUAUGACAUUCUCUAUAAUAAUUUUCAUAUUUGCAUUCACACCAUUGACGCCCAACUGACUCGCGGUAUAUAGACAGCAAAUAUUGACGAGUUUCGUAUUUUUUUUCACAGGUGAACAACUCGCACGACGAUUGUGAUUAUUGUCUGAGACACGGCAUUGAGAUUUUGUCGAAAAAACACAAUCAACUCAAGUACUGCAAGUUUAUGUAUACGUUCGAUGAGGUGAGGAUUUUGUUUGUUAUUUUGAUGGGAAUCCCCUCCCUCUCGUUAAUCAUUAUACUUAGGCAUACAAUUGUUAUCGCUGGUACUGUUUUAUUUACCCGUACUUACAAUUUUUUAUUUUUUCUUACAGGCCGAGUUAGAUUCAAUAUUGGUGAAACUGCGCGAGAGGAUCGAUUCGAAGAAAAAGAAAACUUCGGCAAAGAGUUGAUGAUGACGUUUCGUAUGUCUAUAUCGAGAUAUGGACUACAUAUUUUCGAUGACAAAUAUGAAUAGUUAAAAUAAUUAAAACAAAUUUAUUAUAAGUAUAAAGUCGUAUGCAAAACUCCCCUUUUUUAAUUACCUAAUUAUGUAUAUCAAAAUAUGUUGCCGUCGAGUGUUCGACUAUAAUAUGUUAAUAAUAAUACUCUUCCUAGAGAGUAAAUUUCAAGACUUAAUUUUUUUAUUUUCUCGUAUGUUCCGAUGUUUUGUGAUUUCAUAUAUAUUUUUUUUUACUAUUAUUUAUUAUUACAAAUAUUAUGAUUUUUUUUACAUUUGUACAAAAAUUGUGUUCAAUGUGGUCUCAGAAAUUUGUUAAUUAUCCGUUUAGCAAAUUUUUGUACUUAAAUAGAUUUAAUAGUAUUUUUGUCAAACUUACGUGUUGCGUGCUCGAAUAGUUUAAAAAAAAAAUUAUAAGUAUGAUAACGACUGUAUUGCUUGGUUACUUUAUAAAAGCAAUUGUCUCAAGAGUCUAGUAAAAAUAUAAAGAUAAUAAAUGUAAUUAAUAUUAUUCAAACAAAUUAUAAACAC